AUGUCGGGAGAGGUGCGUUUGAACGAGCUGGAGGAGAUGAUUUUGGACGGGCCCUCCGGGUCGAAUGGCCAGUGUUUUAGCGUGGAAACCCUGCUGGACGUCCUGGUUUGCCUCUACGAUGAGUGCAACAACUCUCCACUCAGAAGGGAGAAGAAUAUCAAGGAGUUUUUGGAAUGGGCCAAACCCUUUACAUCCAAAGUGAAGCAAAUGCGGCUGCACAAAGAAGACUUUGAAAUCCUCAAAGUGAUUGGACGAGGAGCUUUCGGAGACGUAGCUGUUGUGAAGGUUAGAAAUACAGAAAAAGUAUUCGCCAUGAAGAUUCUUAACAAAUGGGAGAUGCUGAAACGAGCAGAGGUGGCAUGCUUCCGGGAGGAGCGAGACGUGUUGGUAAAUGGGGACUCGCAGUGGAUUACCACCCUUCACUAUGCCUUCCAGGAUGACAACAAUUUGUACCUUGUCAUGGACUACUAUGUGGGUGGUGAUCUGCUCACUCUAAUCAGUAAAUUCGAGGAAGGAAUGCCCGAGGAUAUGGCCAGAUUCUACCUGGCAGAGAUUGUACUUGCCGUCGACUCUAUUCACCAGCUUCACUACGUUCACAGGGAUUUAAAGCCCAACAAUGUUCUAUUGGAUAGGAAUGGCCAUAUCCGCUUGGCUGACUUUGGUUCCUGUCUCAAACUCAUGGAGGAUGGAAUGGUCCAGUCAUCUGUGACUGUGGGGACCCCAGAUUAUAUUUCCCCAGAGGUCCUCACGGCCAUGGAGGAUGGGCAGGGCAGGUUUGGACCCGAGUGUGAUUGGUGGUCCAUGGGAGUCUGUAUGUAUGAGAUGCUGUCUGGAGAGACUCCCUUCUAUGCAGAGUCUCUUGUGGACACAUAUGCCAAAAUCAUGAACCACAGGGAGCGAUUCCAGUUCCCACAAAAGUUAAUGGAUAGUGUUACAGAGGACGCAAAGGACCUAAUACGUCAACUCAUUUGCAGUCGAGAGUACCGUUUAGGACAGAAUGGAAUUGAAGACUUUAAGAACCAUCCAUUUUUUUCAGACAUCGACUGGGACAAUAUCCGAUCGUGUGAAGCCCCUCACAUCCCCGAGGUCAGCAGUCCAACAGAUACAUCUAACUUUGAUGUGGACGAUGACUGUCCUAAGAACCCAGAGACCAUGCCUCCUCCUUCUCACACUGCCUUUUCUGGCCAUCACUUGCCCUUUGUCGGUUUCACCUACACCAGUAAAUGCAUAAUAUCUGAUCGUGGUUGCCUGCGGCAGCUGUCAGAACUAGCAGAUGACGAGGGACAGGAAGAACUGGACAAAGAUGUCCAGUGCAGCCUUCAGAACAGCCUUGGCACAGAAGCCUACGAGAGGAGGCUCCACUGCCUGGAACAGGAGAAACAAGAGCUAAACCGCAAAAUUCAAGAUUUGACUAAGACAGCUCAAGAAUGUCAGCAGCCACCUGGUGAAGGCUCUUUGAGUGGAAACAAGGAAGUGGAGCUCAGUAGACUAAAGUCUGAGAUUGACCUCCUCAAGAAGCAAGUCACUGACACAAGCCAAGACGCGAUUAUGGCUCGUCGAGACCUAGAGGACUCGUCUAAACAUAUAAAGAAGUUAGAGAGACAAAACAAGACUCUAACAACAGAAAAUGAUGAGCUGAAGAAGGACAUUGUGCUAUACAAUGACAUGCUGAAAUCACAGGGAAACGAUCUGAAAGAUGCUCAAAACCAGAGAAAAAUGACCAUGCGAGAGUUUUCUGAACUCAACAAGACCCUCUCAGAUGUCAGGUUGGAAAAGCAAAAACUUACUCGCCAGCUGCGUGACAAGGAGGAUGAAAUGGAAAGACAAAAUCAGAAAAUGGAGGCUCUACGCCUUGAUAUGCGAAAGUCUGAGAAAGCCAAGAAAGAGAUGGAGACUCAGAUGGAGGAGCGCGCCGCAGAAGCGCUUAAGGAGAGGAGGUUAAAAGAACGUAAUGAAUUGGAAAGGGUGAAGGUAAAACCAUUUAGCACAUUUGCCACCACAGCCUCCCCUGAACAAUCCCAGGAGGUGGGACGUCUGCGGGGUGACCUGGCAAAGAAAGCCCACCUGUACGAAGAGGAAAUAGCACGUCGGCAGGCACAACACAGCAAUGAGUCGAUGGCGUUGCGCAAGGAGCUACGUGAUGCCGAGAGCCAGCAACUUAGCCUCCAGAAAGAAAUCCUGAUGCUCCAAGACAAGCUAGAGAAGACUCGAAGAGAGAGUCAAAGUGAACGGGAAGAGUUUGAGAACAAUUUCAAGGAAAAGUUUGAAAGGGAAAGAGUUCUGCUGACUGAAGAAAAUAAAAAGCUGUCCAGUGAAUUGGAUAAGCUGACUAGCAUGUUUGAGAAGGUGAGUGACUCCAAUCGGCGGCUUGAGGAUGAGAUGAAGGAGCUGGCUGACAAAAAGGAGAGUGUUGCUCACUGGGAGGCUCAGAUCACAGAAAUCAUUCAAUGGGUGAGUGAUGAAAAAGAUGCUCGCGGCUACCUGCAGGCGUUGGCCACGAAGAUGACAGAAGAACUGGAGGGUCUGAGAAACACCAGUCUUGGAGCGAGACCAACGGACAUGCCUUGGAAAAUGCGUCGCUUUGCCAAGUUGGACAUGUCGGCCCGUCUAGAGCUGCAGUCUGCCUUAGAUGCUGAGAUCAGAGCCAAACAGGGCAUUCAGGAUGAGUUGAACAAGGUCAAGGCUACCAACAUCUCUAGAGAAUGUAAACUGCAGGACAUAGAAAGUAGAAAUCAGGAGCUCGUAUCUGAGAUCGAAAGACUGAAAAAAGAGAACGAGGAGCUGCGGUUACGUAGAGGUGUCAAGCACCAGGAUUCCCAGAAUUCUUUCUUGGCUUUUCUCAAUGCCCCCACUUCAACACUUGACCAGUUCGAUUUAAUAGAUCAUUCUCCUCAUGCAGUCCAGACCCCCACUAUGCGUUCAGGAGGAUAUGGCAGUAUCGGCCGCUCUUCCCCUAAGCCAAAAGCACAUCAGUUUGUAGUGAAGUCAUUCAGUACGCCCACUAAAUGUAACCAGUGCACUUCCCUCAUGGUGGGACUUAUUCGCCAGGGUUGCACCUGUGAAGUGUGCAACUUCUCCUGCCAUGUAACCUGUGCGGACAAGGCACCAGCAGUCUGUCCCGUUCCACAGGAUCAGACUAAAGGACCACUCGGCAUUGAUCCUCAACGGGGCAUUGGUACUGCAUAUGAAGGCCAUGUCAGGGUGCCUAAACCCACAGGAGUGAAGAAGGGUUGGCAAAGGGCAAUGGCAGUGGUGUGCGACUUCAAACUGUUUCUCUAUGAGUUAGGUGAAGGAAAGAUAACACAGCCAAGUGUGAUUGUAAACCAAGUCAUCGAUAUGAGGGAUGAAGAUUUUUCAGUCAGCUCUGUUUUGGCCUCGGAUGUCAUACACGCCAGCCGCAAAGACAUCCCUUGCAUAUUCAGAGUAACGGCGUCCCAGCUCUCCCUAUCUGGCAGCCACAAGCCAUCCAUCUUGAUUCUAGCUGAUAGUGACCAGGAGAGGAACAAGUGGGUGGGUCUUCUAAAUGAGCUCCACCGCAUCCUCAAGAAGAACAAGCUCAAGGAGCGCUUCGUCUACGUUCCCAAGGAAGCUUACGACAGCACGCUGCCACUCAUUAAGACUACACAGUCUGCUGCUAUCAUUGAUCAUGAGCGUGUCGCUCUGGGCAACGAAGAAGGCCUCUUUGUCAUCCACGUCACUAAAGAUGAAAUCAUUCGGGUGGGUGACAAUAAGAAGGUGCACCACAUUGACCUGAUCCCACAGGAGCAGAUGCUGGCUGUCAUUUCUGGAAGGAACCGCCACGUCCGACUUUUCCCCUCGCAGGCCCUAGACGGUCAUGAGAUCGAGUCUUUUAAGCUCGUAGAAACUAAAGGCUGUCAGACGAUUGUUUCCGGAACGGUCCGAAACGGCUCGCAAACGUGUCUCUGUGUGGCUAUGAAGAGGCAAAUCAUGUGUUAUGAGGUGAAUAAAAGUAAAGUCCGCCACCGUCGGCUACGGGAAUUGCAGGCUCCAGGGAUUGUCCAAUGGAUGGGUCUGCUCAAUGAGCGGCUCUAUGUGGGCUACCAGUCUGGCUUCACCCGAUACAGUGUCCACGGUGAUGUAUCGCCAGUAAGCCUCCUCCACCCUGAGGAUCACACCCUGGCAUUCAUCCCGCAACAGAACCUGGAUGCCCUUUGUGCGGUGGAGAUCUCAACCAAGGAGUUGCUGCUCUGCUUCAGUGCCAUCGGCGUGUACGUAGACUCUCAGGGUCGCAGGUCACGCCAACAGGAGCUCAUGUGGCCUGCUGUGCCAAAUGGGGCCUGCUACAAUGCCCCUUAUCUGUCGGUGUACAGUGAGAAUGCAGUUGAUGUUUUUGAUGUCAACACCAUGGAGUGGAUUCAGACUAUCCCACUAAAGAAGGUGCGACCUUUGAAUGUCGAUGGCUCUCUGAAUCUGCUGGGGCUGGAAACAGUGCGGCUCAUCUACUUUAGAAACAAGACUGCUGAGGGCGACGAGCUGGUCGUCCCGGAGACGUCAGACAACAGCAGGAAGCAGAUGGUUCGCAGCAUGAACAAUAAGAGACGCUUCUCCUUCAGGGUGCCAGAGGAAGAGCGACUUCAGCAGAGGAGAGAGAUGCUACGGGAUCCUGAGAUGAGGAACAAGCUGAUCUCCAACCCCACAAACUUUAACCACGUCGCUCACAUGGGACCAGGGGACGGGAUACAGAUUCUCAAAGACCUGCCUAUGAAUGUCCGCAUCCCGGAGAGCCGCGCAGGCUUCAGCGGUUCUGUCAGCAUCCCCUCCAUCACCAAAAACAGGGCCGAGCCUGGCCGUUCCAUGAGCGCGAGCAGUGGGCUGGGCAUACGCCCACCUUCGCAGAACGGCAGUGCCCUGCGUCGAGAACUGUCCGGCGGCAGCUACGGGUCCAAGCGGCAAGCCAUGACGUCGCCCUCGGAGAGCUCCCUGUCCUCAGGCGGGGGCAUGGACUGCGUGGAGGCGCCCCUCUCUCAGUUUGACAGAGAGGACUCCGACUCCCCCCGCCACUCGACGGCCUCUAACAGCUCAACCUUCAGCAGCCCCCCCAGCCCGGCAUCCCCUCACAAGACCAAGUCCUUGUCCCUGGAGAGCACUGAGCGCCCGGGCUGGGACACAUGA